GCUUCGCCGAGCGGGAUUGAACAGUGUUCCUGUACUCAGAAUCAGCAGCGAGCGUCCUUUCUUUGAUUGCCCAGAUAUUUUCCCAGAAGGACUGAAUGACAACGUGCGAGGCUGACAAUGGUUAAACCACUCACCCUGUUUCUACAGAAUGCCACUUUCCUUCACUCCAGUCUUCUGUAAUGCCAAAGUAGCAGUGAGUACGGUCCGCGAAAGCUGCUCGCGGAAGAGAGGAGGAAGCAAAUACAUACUGCACAUGUGUGAUGUGUCCUUGAGGGAAACCAGGAGAGAGGAAGAAGUUGAAGGAACAGAAAAAUAAGAUAACUCACUGGUAGAGUUUCUCUGACUCAAAAGACUGACACCGGAGCCAUGAGGAUAACUGACUCAGGCCACAAAGAUGCCAGAAUGCAGAAUUGAUGAAAGGGCAAACCUAGGUCCAUCUGACUCCAUGCUUCUGCUCUUCCUUGAUAUAGUCUAAUCAGUCAAAAUAUGAAAUUGAACCCAGAACUAUAUAUACACCCGAUCUUAUGAAAAUGUGUGGAAGCAAUCUGAAGAAAAUCCAGGAACACAGAAUUUACUGAAAUAUAAGAGUGGAAAAGGACCACUUUUUCCUGCUGAGAUCAUGGAGGCAGAACAGCAGCAGCCAUGGAUGACAGACUUUUACUCAGAAUUGCCCAAAGUGGAACUUCAUGCCCACUUGAAUGGAUCCAUUAGUUCAAAUACCAUGAAGAAAUUAAUAGCCAAGAAGCCAAAUCUUGACAUCAACAAUCAGAUGACUGUGAUUGACAAAGGAAAGAAAAGAACUUUAGAAGAAUGUUUCCAGAUGUUUCAAAUUAUUCAUCAGCUUACUACUGGGCCUGAAGAUAUUCUAAUGGUCACAAAAGAUGUCAUUAAAGAAUUUGCUGAUGAUGGUAUCAAGUACUUGGAACUGAGGAGCACACCCAGAAGCGAAAGUGCUACAGGAAUGACCAAAAAGACUUAUGUGGAAUCUAUACUUGAGGGUAUAAAACAGUCCAAACAAGAAAACUUAGACAUUGAUGUUAGGUAUUUGAUAGCAGUUGACAGAAGAGGUGGCCCUGUGGUAGCCAAGGAGAUUGUUAAACUUGCAAAAGAGUUCUUCCUUUCUGCCGAGGAUACAGUUCUUGGCCUUGACCUCAGUGGAGAUCCUACUAUAGGACAAGCAAAAGACUUCUUGGAACCACUUUUAGAAGCUAAAAGAGCAGGCCUAAAGUUGGCAUUACAUCUUUCAGAGAUUCCAAACCAAAAAGAAGAAACCCAGAUGCUCCUGGAUCUGCUUCCUGACAGAAUUGGGCACGGAACAUUUCUCACCUCCUCUGAGAGAGGAUCCCUGGAUCUGGUGAACUUUGUAAGGCAGCAUCGGAUACCACUUGAACUCUGUUUGACUUCAAACGUCAAAAGUCAGACAGUUCCAUCUUACGACCAGCAUCACUUCGGAUUCUGGUACAGCAUUUCUCAUCCAUCUGUGAUCUGUACUGAUGAUAAGGGCAUUUUUGCAACCUGCCUUUCUCAAGAGUACCAGCUGGCAGCUGAAACAUUUAAAUUGACCCAGUCUCAAGUGUGGGAUCUGUCUUAUGAGUCCAUCAGCUAUAUCUUUGCUUCUGACAGCACCAGAUCGGAACUGAGGAAAAAGUGGAAUCGCCUGAAGCCCAAAGUGUUACACUUUUAAGCUUUGAAGGGGAACUGCUUUUGGAUCUGUGUUGCAAGAUCUUCCUGCCAUAUCCCACUCAGUAAACUAUCCACCACUUCCUUUGAAGCAUAGCAGUACACAUGGCAGGUGCUCAGUGAUUAUGUCUUAAGAUGACUAGCAGGUCCUGAGGUCUUGCAUGGCUUUACUUCCCUGUUGCUCACUGGAAGAAACUGGAUUCCCCGUUCCACUAUGGGUUUUAAAAUUUAGCAGUCUCUCCAUAUUAGUGAUCAUAAAAUGUCAGGGAAAUCAGCCAUUUCUUAUCAGGAAAAGUUUUCAAAUUAUUAGUUUAAGGUAAAGAGAAGGGGGAAAACAGAUUGCUGCGGACUCUUAAACCUACCAGUUUUUGCCAACAGAUCUGUAUUUUUUGUGUUUAUAUAUGUUCUGAGUAAAGCCACCAAAGCGCAUCUUGGUACCUAAUAAAUUCUAACCAUUCAGAAGUGA